AUGAGUACCGUUCAAUGGCUGCUUCAGAUCUCCUUAUUACUAUGGCUAAGCAAAGGAUUAGCAGCAACUCAAGCGAAGCCUGGUUGUCAAGAGAGGUGUGGAGACGUUGACAUUCCAUACCCCUUCGGAAUUGGAUCUGCUGGUUGCUACUUCGAUGAAUGGUUCGAAGUAACUUGCAACAACUCUACCGACCCUCCUAAGCCUUUCCUGAAAGGAGUAAAUCUGGAGGUGCUGAAUGUUUCAUUAGAUGGCACCAUCCGGGUCAACAACCCAGUACUCCUUUCUCAGAAUUGUUCCGGCAAACCAUCAAAUGACACGCAGUGGUGGGAGGGAGGCCCCUUUUCAUUCUCCAACACCUACACUAGAUUCACUGCUGUGGGUUGCAGCGCCCUGGUCUACAUUAUGCAGGAUGAUACAGUAAUCGGGGGAUGCAUGACCUUCUGCAAAAAGGACGCAACUGCGGCAAAGAAAGCCAGCUGCUAUGGCUUGGAGUGUUGCCAAACCCAAGUCCCUCCAGGCCUCCUGUCCUUCACUGCAAAUUUAGGAACCUUUUCUGAUGGUAGUGCUGAUGAGCAAGAACAAUGCAAAUUCGCGUUCAUGGUGGACCAAGAAUGGUUUAUCUCAAAUGUACCAGAUCCACAUACGGUGAAAGAUAUGGAAUACGUUCCAGCAGUGCUGGACUGGCGGAUAUACAACGCAACGUGCGCUGCCUCCACCUCAAACCUCAACACAUCCACAAGUUUUUGUGGCGAGAAUACCCUUUGUUCAACUGACACUCAAACCUCAAGUCUCAUCUGCAGUUGUUUCCCGGUAUAUGAAGGCAACCCUUAUCUUCCCCAAGGAUGUCAAGUCAUAACAAUAGGAGCGCUUGGAACAUUACUUCUGGUACUCUGUGCAUGGUGGUUGUACAUAGUACUAAAAAGGAGAAAGAAAAUUAAGUACAAAGAGAAAUGCUUCAAUAGAAAUGGUGGUUUACUCUUGGAACAACAAUUAUCUUCAACUGAAGGAAAUAUUGAUAAAACCAAAUUAUUUACUUCCAAAGAGUUGGAGAAAGCCACUGAUCGUUAUAAUGAAAAUCGGGUUAUUGGACAAGGAGGCGAAGGUACUGUUUACAAAGGAAUGUUGAUGGAUGGAAGAAUUGUUGCAGUUAAAAAGUUGAAGAUAAUGAGUGAUAGCAAACUUGAACAAUUCAUUAAUGAGGUUGUAAUUCUAUGCCAAAUUAAUCACAGAAAUGUGGUUAAGCUAUUAGGAUGUUGUUUGGAGACAGAAGUGCCUUUGUUGGUCUAUGAGUUCAUUCCUAAUGGAACCCUUUCUGAACAUAUCCAUGGCCAAAAUGAAGAGUUCCCAAUUACAUGGGAAAUACGUCUUCGAAUUGCUACUGAAGUUGCUGGAGCUCUUUCUUACUUGCAUUCAGCAGCUUCCGUACCAAUCUAUCAUCGAGAUAUCAAAUCAACUAACAUACUUUUAGAUGAUAAAUAUCGAGCAAAAGUGGCAGACUUUGGAAUUUCAAAAUUUGUUGCCAUUGAUCAAACACAUUUGACCACCCAAGUACAAGGUACUUUUGGAUACUUGGAUCCAGAGUACUUCCAAUCAAGCCAAUUUACUGAAAAAAGUGAUGUCUACAGCUUUGGAAUAGUUCUUAUUGAGCUUUUAACUGGGAAAAAGCCAAUCUUGUCAACUGCAUCAGAAGAAGGGAAAAGUUUAGCCUCAUAUUUCAUAUUGUCCAUGAAUGAAGAUCGUUUAUCAGAUCUUCUUGACGCUCAAGUUGUAAAAGAAAGUAGAAAAGAAGAGAUUAAUGCAAUUGCUUUUCUUGCAAGACGAUGCAUAAACUUGAAUGGGAAGAAAAGGCCUACAAUGAUGGAAGUUGCAAUGGAGUUGGAAAGAAUUAGAAAGUGUCAAGGAGAUUUCGGAGCUCAAGAGAAUUCUGAGGAGAUUGAAUACAACACCAUUGAAUUGAUUGGACCUUGGGAUGUUACCUCCAUUUCAACAGAUUCUUGCUUGAAUACCAAUGCAUCUUCUUCAUCGGAUGUUUAA